GUAAGUGUCGGGUGGCGAGAUGGCUAAAGCAACAAGCAAGGAUCACCCGGAGGAGGACCUGUUCUUCCCGCCGGGGGCGCCGCCGCCCUACAUCACCUGCCAGCACCAGCGGGGCUCCAGCGUCAAUAACUCUGACACGGCGAUCUCGUUCCCGGAGGUGGUGGUGAACAACCCCCCGGGCCGCGACGGGCUGGUGCGCAACUUCGACUUCACCGACAAGCAGAUCCGCCAGGGCUUCAUCCGGAAGGUGUACUGCAUCAUCAUGGCGCAGCUGGCGGUGACCGCCGGGGUGGUGGCGUGGUUCAUGUACGACCAACGUCUGAUGAGUGCGGUGGGACAGAACCCCGGGGUGUUCUUCGGCGUGUCGCUGGGCACGUACCUGACGACGGCGCUGUGCAUCAUGUGCUGCGAGGGGCCGCGGAGACGCGUGCCCUACAACUACCUGUUCCUGUUGCUGCUGACGCUGUCGCUGUCCGCCAUCGUGGGCGUCAUGUGCUCGCUGUACGACGUGCGGGAGGUGAGCCGACUGCUGAUGUCUGCCGCUCGGGUCCGUGCCCUACAACUACCUGUUCCUGUUGCUGCUGACGCUGUCGCUGUCCGCCAUCGUGGGCGUCAUGUGCUCGCUGUACGACGUGCGGGAGGUGAGCCGACUCCUGCCUGCUGUCGCUGA